AUGAAAGUUCUCACAAUUAAAGCUGAAAGUGCUCCAUUUUUAGUAACAAAAUUGAAAAUUAAAGUACUACCAUUUGUUGUCAUUUACAAGAACGGCAAGGAAAUUAAUAGAAUAGUGGGGUUCGAGAAAUUGGGCAAUGACCCCAAUAACAUAUCUAUUGAAUCCUUGGAACACUUCUUUUAUGCCAAUGGAAUAACCAACAGGCGAAUAGUAAAUUACGGGUCUAUACAAAGCCGUACCAAACCAAUAAACGAAGAUUCUGAUGACGGCUUAGAUAUUUGA